AAUUCAUGGUUUCAGGUUAGUGUCGUGUUUUCAGACCCGCGGGAAGACGACACCUUUGGUCUUGAUCUGUCGAAGAUCGGCCGAGGACUGUGAAGUGUGAUCGAACAUUUCGCGGUGUAAACAUAAUGCUGCGCAACACGUUACUGGCCGGCAGUUCGGCGGCGAAUGGUUCCUUUGGGAUUUUGAGCGGCCUGCCAAACACCGUUUGCGUGCAAUGCGUCAGAUGGAAAAGAAAACCGCUUUGGUUGGGUACGGCGAAGAGCAAGCUAUUCCGGAUUCCUGAACGGCCAAAAAUCCCCAAAGAUGAGACAAUUGAGCUUCUGAGAUUACACAACAAUUACAGGACCCUCGUUAGAUCCAUACGGCAUCACAUAACAGAAGCUGUUAUCGGAAGUCAGGCGCGAGUCGAUACGGAGCUGCGUGCGAAACAGGAGGAGGAAGAUUUUGCCCGUUGCGUAGCUCUGAAUAAUGAGUGGAACGAAUCCAAAGCCAAGGCCAGAGAUGAGAGAUUGGCUAAGGCACGCGAAGUCAGGAGGGAGGAAAUACUUAGGAAAAUUAUAGCUCAAGAGCAAUUAGCCGCUAAGCAGCUUGAAAAUAUUGAAAAAACUGUUAAACGAGUUAAGGAGGAAGCGGUUACUUUUAUAACUGAGAAGAAUAUAGAUCAAGCCAUAGAAGACGCUUUAAAUAACCCUGUCGACCACAAUUGGGCACUCGAUCUAGAAGGGACGAUACAUCGCGGAAAGUAUGUUCAACCCCAAGCCAACGAAGGUCAGAGACAAAAAAGAAUGCAGCCUGGUGUCUGAAACAAAUGAUUGUAGAUUAAUGUAAAGUAUAGAAAUGGUACCGUUGGUUAGAAAGUGCAAGGUCGUAUUUUCUACCUUGAUAAUAAAUGUUUACUUCAAAAACGUU